CGUGGCAGUGCGCAAGUGAGCGAAGCUCGGCGGCCUACCCCGCACGAAGUCCAAUUCAUAAUCCCGACGUGGAAUUCAUGCAUCAGGAGGCUAUGGCAGAUACCUGCCAACCCCCCGGGUUUCCCAUCCUCAAUGAUGUCCGAGACUGUUCGCGCACUCCAAGAAUCGCUACGCAAGCAGCUCACGUCCGACCCAUUACGUGCUCAAGCACCCCCCAACUUUGAUCGGAAUCUGCAGGAUCUCGAUCCCACAGACAACAUAAUUCUGCAAGCUGGAGCGGACCUGUCAACCUGGUUCGCCAUCUUCACUAUUCGUUCCGAAGACCGUGACCAGGAGUUCCCCGACAGAUUCGGCUCGCUCAGCACAGAGGAGCUCCAUUUGUUGGUUCAGAGUACUAAGAAGAUCACACCCUGUGAAAAUUACCAGCAGCGGAUAAAAGCGAUCUUCUUCGACAACAAGAACAAGAGCAAGGACCGCCGAACCCAGAUGACCCGCGGCGGCUGGACAGGUGAAGCAGCGCCAGACGGCCUCAGCCUCCCGAACGGACCUUGGGAGAGAGCGGCGGUUGUCACCCCUCUACCGAACAAUCCGGAUUCCCCUCCCACCGAUCGUCGCUCGACUACUGCUGAUUCGUCCAUGCCUGCCUCAACACGGCCGCAAUGCGAUCUCAACCCUUCCGGGCCGGCUCCGAAGCGGCAACGAGUGGACUCGAACAGAGUGACUGAUCCAUCCGGCACGUCAAGUGUCGACUGCAAUCAAGAACAAGCACAAUACGGCUGGUCGCUUCAGAGCAACAAUAAGCCUGUCUACCGUGAAAAUCUGGUGUCUGUUUUCCCGGAAUUCACGGUAGAAAGCAUUGUUUCUGAUGGUGCCCACGCCUCAGUUCGCUUCGAUUUCCCCGUUGACCCGAACUCUCGACCCAGUUUCAUGCUCAUCGACAUCAAGUAUGAUCGGGUGCAUAUCUUUGCAGAAAAGCUUUGCGGAACAACAAUAAUAGAGAAAGAAGACAGAAGAGGAGUAAAGAAAAGAUAUACAGUAGACAUUAGGAGAAGUACAUGGACGCGUAUCGACGGGACGGUGACCUUGGGGCCUGCCAGGCAGAGGUGUGUAGAGGAAUUGCUGGGCUCAAUUUCAUUCCUAGCGUUUCGUCACAGCCCCGUCUCUCAGAGGGAGGACAGAGGCAAGGAGACCACGGGUUGUGUAGAGCUGAUUAUCCCCGGUGAUCCCAAAGCCCCAGGUACCGUGCAGCUGCUCGGAGCCGAUACAAACCUGUCGGAGAUGGCAAACAGUCUCACGACAGUACCCUAAAAGGUUCAGUUAAACAAUACAGCCAGAACCCCUUUCUCAGUGUGACUUUUGCAGUUCUGUGUUCCUCUGGUACCGCUGUCCAUUCUUUGUCUCCCUUCUUUUUCCAGAAAACCUCAGCCUCAACCCAUAUAACUUCCUGUCCGUCACCUUCGACUACUAUGCCUCGUGUAGGUAAAGAGUCAUUGAUUUCGUCGCUUGUGGGUUGCUUACCCUUUGGUUAGCAACCAAAAGAUGUGAAGAGUCCCGCGAGCACAUACCAAAAAUUUGAGGGACAUCUUUCCUGGAAUGAGCGUGGAAGUGCGUUGCCGGACGUUUUAGUAGCAGUCUUUUCCGGGUAGCAGUCAUGCUCGAGCGUAGAUGCUUCAUACAUUAAAACGUGACGUCUCGGCCUUGGUCGGGUAGAACGCGCACAAACAAGAAGCUGCCUAACAUGCAUGCCCAAAGAGGGGUUGUU